AUGCCCGCUCUUCAGCAGAAGUCUGCCAACAAGGUCUUCAACGGCACCCUCACAAAGUACAGCUUCCCCUCCUCCGCCCUCGGAAACCUCGAAGCGAAUCUCAACGUCUUCCUGCCUUCGUCGGCCUCCUCCUCAUCCCCUGCGCCCGUCCUCUACUAUCUCUCCGGCCUCACAUGCACAGAGGACAAUGCAGCUCAGAAGGGCAACUUCUUCGAGGCUGCCGCAAAGGAGGGUAUCGCACUCGUCUUCCCCGACACGAGCCCGAGGGGAGCCAAGAUUGAGGGCGAGGAUGAGAGCUACGACUUUGGCAGUGGAGCAGGGUUCUAUAUCGAUGCGACGAAGGACCCCUGGAGCAAGCAUUACAAGAUGUACACGCACAUCGUGUCCGAGAUCCCCGCCGCCCUGCAAGAAGCUAAGCUCCCCAUCGACUUCAGCUGUGCCUCCAUCACUGGACACAGCAUGGGUGGUCACGGCGCCUUGACCCUCUACCUCAAGGAGGGAGACAAGAAGUACAAGUCCGCCUCUGCCUUCUCCCCCAUCUGCCACCCGACUGCCUGCCCUUGGGGUGACAAAGCCUUCAAGGGCUACCUCGAGGGCGGCGUCGAGGAGGGCAAGAAGCACGAUGCUACGGAGCUGAUUGCCGGGACGAAGGGGAAGAAGCUCAACAUCCUCAUCGACUCCGGCCUCGGCGACAAUUUCUACCAGCAGAAGCAGCUCCUCCCCGAGGACUUUGAAGCUGCUGCUCGUAAGGCUGGGCAUGGCGAGGACGAAGUACAGGUACGACUGCAGGACGGGUACGACCACUCGUACUUCUUCAUCUCAACUUAUGCGCCCGAGCAUGUGAGGUGGCAUGCCAAGUUCCUCAAGAACUGAAGGGGAGCGGGCGGUGAGAAGAAGGCAGUAGGAGGCGGAAGGGCACGUCUCUGAUGACGACUCUGUGAGGGGGAAGUGGCUAUUGGGGUCGGGGAAAGAGCUAAGCCGCCUGCUCUGGAAUAGCUCUACGAGGGUACAUUGUACGGAGUCAACAGUUUCACGCAAAUGGAAACAUGUGGUGACAAAGAAAGGUCAUGAGGCAAGGAGACAAGCUGCUUUCCAUUUGGAUUUGAGGCUUCGAUGCUGGUGGCCACUCCUUGCCUUCUGCCGUAUGUCGCGAGCCGCGCAAACAUGAGCCGUGCUCUUGCCGGCGUGUGAUGACGACGACGGCCCUGUACCACUGUCUCCAUCCUCAUCUGCCUGCCGCCUGCGUGUCGC